CUAUAUUGCAGCUUCACGCGUCGUGUCCUCUUUUGGUACAGUUUUAUCGGUUCAGUUGAUUCGUCGCCAAACGAUCGAUCGAUACCACUAUGCCUUGGCUCAGUGACUGGUCCUACCCGCUCCCAGCGGAAGACCUGCUUACUUGGACGUUUGAUCAUUGCGAUUAUGACAAAGAUGCGCCUAUAUAUAUCGAUCUCGAGAACCCCACCAGGACGCUCUCAUGGAACUCCUCACGCAGCGUCGUUCGACGCUUAAUCGCAGGUUUCCGCGCCGCAGGCAUACAAUCAGGAGAUUGCGUAAUGAUAUCGUCUUUCAAUGACAUUUACUAUUGCAUGCUCUUCCUCGCCAUCGUGGGCUCCGGCGGAGUCUUCACAGGCGCCAACCCAGCUUACACAUCAUUUGAGAUAAGCCACCACGUCAAAACUGCGAAAGCCAAAUACAUCAUCGUCGAACCCGAACUCCUUCCAAACAUUUUGGAAGGAAGCUCCGGCGACGUACCGAAAGAGAACAUCUUCAUCUUCAACGUCCGCGGCCAGCCCUGUCCCGAAGGCUUCAAAUCCUGGACCUGGCUCCUCGAACACGGCGAACAAGACUGGAACCGAUUCACAGGCAAGGACAUCUGCCGCAAAACCAGCGUCGCCCGCUUAACAACCUCUGGAACAACAGGUCCGCCGAAGAUGGCAGUCCAGAGCCACUACAACGCAACAUCGUGGUUCACCAUGGUCAACGAAAUCUCCGAGCCACCUUGGACGAUCACAAAUUUAUCCCCACUGCCUCUCUUUCACGUCGCGACAGUUCCUGCCGUUCACUGCGGCCCUCUCCGAAAAGGUCAUGUCAUGUAUUUGAUGCGAAGAUUCGAUCUGGAACCUUAUCUCGCUGCGGUCGAGAAGUAUAAGAUUUCUUUGUUGGGGAUGGUGCCUCCUUUGGUCAUCGCUAUCAUAAAUUCCCCCUUGAGACACAAAUACUCCCUCAAAAGUGUCCGACGAGUUGGAUGUGGAGCUGCGCCGCUCGAUAAGGAUUCUGGAGAAAGAUUAAAAGCUCUCUGUGCGGAUGACUGUACUUUCACACAAGUUUUGGGGAGUACAGAAACGACGGGUGUUUUUACGUUGUUCUACUACCCGGAUGAGGAUGACACGGGGAGCGUAGGGAAUACGUGGUUCCCCAAUUCAGAUGUCAAAUUGAUUGAUGAUGAGGGGAAUGAUGUUACGGCUCAUGAUGUGCGAGGGGAGCUUUGCGUUCGGGGACCAAGUAUUAUCGAUGGGUAUUUUGAAAAUGAGAAGGCGAACCGGGAGUCGUGGGAUAAGGAGGGGUAUUAUAAGACGGGGGAUAUUGUUUAUAGGGAUGGGAAGACGAAGAAGUUUUAUAUUGUUGAUCGGAAGAAGGAACUCAUCAAAGUCCGCGGUUUCCAAGUCGCUCCUCCGGAACUCGAAGGCGUGCUACUGGGACAUCCGGAUAUCGUUGAUGUUGCAGUGAUUGGCCUUCCUGCGCCUCGAAAUUCUGACGCCGAGCUGCCCCGAGCAUACAUUGUGCGCAGGCCCGGUUCCAAUAUCACCGAGGCAGAUGUGCACAAGCUGGUUGCAGAGCGUCUGGCUUCGUAUAAGAAGCUGACAGGUGGCGUAAAAUUCGUGAGCGAGGUGCCCAAGAGCGCAAGUGGAAAGAUUUUGAAGCGUGUUCUGCGGGAAGAAGCUCAGAAAGAGCAAGCUGCUGGGAUAGGCAAGUUGCAGUCGAAGCUGUAGAACCAGGAACGACUUGUAUACUGCCAGUAUAUGCGCGCUCAAUCCAACCUCAUCGCUUUGGACUGGUCAAACUCGAUAUGAAUUGUCCGUUCGCUUCCAGCUUUCUCCUCAAUCACCUCCGCAACUCGUUCUUCUGGCUGGCCGUCGAAGCUCAGAGAUCCAACCAACCGCCAACGCUUGCGUACAGCUUUGAUGAUCGCAUCCCUGUCCAGGCCUGUCGCGUUUUGCGGUUCGCCGAUUCCUGGCUUUGCGAACAUCAGGGGCACCAAAAGCCAGCUCUCUUCGUCAUGUUUGUACUUAAAGCCCAUCAGUCGGCAAGCGAAUGGAACCGAUGCCCAAUCAAAGUGAGAAUUGUGAGCU